UCCUUGAAUUUGAAGUUAACUAAGGUGUGGGAACCCUGAUAAAUAACUCUUUAGCCAAGGCUGAUACUUAAACAAAUCUAUCAAAAAGCACCCUGAAAAAGUCUUUAUGAGUAACUUUUGUGUUAUUGUUAUUUAAUUUAAUGGCUUAUCUUUAUUGUGUAGUAUUUAUUAUGUCGCACUCGAGCUUAAUUUUAGAUUGGGGUGUAUGUCUUUUAUCUAACUGAUGUAUUUAUUACUUUAUUAUGGUACGCUUGACUUUAGUUUUCCUGUGAACUGUAUUUUAGUCUCUGAAAUGGCUUCCACUAAGUUCAGAACAGCACAUCAGCUGCUGUCUGUUGUGUAAUAAAAUCAAUACACUUAAAUGAUUCAAGUGGUUUGUGCUUUAAUGUUUCUCAGCUAGAAUCUCUACAUCUUAUUCACCACGUGGCACAUUUAAAUCCUAGCUCUGCAUGCUUUGUCCUUAGACUUGGAUAUUUUUAAACGAAUGGACAAACGAAAUCGCAUAACAGACGAGCAGCGGCCCCCCUUCACAGAAAGUCGAAAUUUACUCUCGCAUAAUGAUGAGACAAAGACAUCAAAACACUUAAUCCGCUAAAGAAAAUAGAGGGAUAGACGAGGAGAGGAGCAGAUGGCCAGAAAGACGUCAAUCCUUCUCAUUCCUCCGAGGAAAACAGUGGGGCAGGAAAGAGAUGAUUACUUGGGACAUUGACGUUGGUUGUGGAGACCCUGGACGUCAGAGAGAUGAAGGGGGAGAUUAAGGGUGUUGUAUUAGGAUGCUGCCUGAUAGAAAGGCUAAAUGGCCGUUUUAUUGAAUGAAUAAAGGUAAAUCAAACAAAUGUAACAAAAUAUAAAAGAGGAUAUCAGGGUAUUUGACCCAAAAAGCUGUCCAUUCAUGUUAAGUCAUAUUUCCCUUAAUGACCCCUGUAAAACUCAUCUGUCAACACUUGAACUGAGAAUGUUUAUUAAUAAUUUACAGGGAUGCGACAAUUAUUUACAGAACAUUACUGACAUUCAUGCACGCUCAACACAUGUGUGUAGGGCUUGUGUGUCUCUUUUUUUAAACAUAUGUGUUUGUAUAUCUUUAGUUCCAGUCUUGUUUUAUUUAGCAAAACAUGCCCAUCUUAACUUGCUCAUAAAUAAAUGUUAAUACUGUAGAUUAUGACCUGAUGUCACAGCGCCCUCUAUAGCUGAGGAGAGGCUAGUGCAGCGUCCCAAACUCCUGUCAUCACUGAGUGCGUACAGAUGCUCCUGUGAGCUCAUUUUAUGGUCUCUUAUCUGGCUGAUGUUUAAACUGCCCCCUCCGAUCUUUUUUGAACUAUAGCUAAAAACACUUUGUAUUAAAUAAACAGCUAUCAAUCUAAUGCGCUUUUUAUGUGUGGAAAAUACGUAUUUCUCCUCUGGAUGCCAGGAUGAACUGCGUGACUUCACCGACCAACAUAAGAGUUUCCCCAUCAGUUUAUCCUUGGUCAUUUCCUGAAAACAAUUUUGUUAUCAUUUUUCCUUUUUAUAUGUUAAUGACUCAUGGAUUCUCUCUCAUAGCUUCUAUAUAAAUAAGAUAUUACAGCACAUCCUUUACAACAAUUAUAGGUCUUGGAGAUAUCACUUCACGCUCCCCUUAUCAGAUAGAUUACAGUUUAGUUCAUUGACUUUUCUUUUUUAAUUGUGCUCUGCUUUUAAGAGAUUUGAAUUGAAUUAUUAUAGGGGUUUUUUUAUACCUUGCAUUUUUACAGAUGCCCACCUGCACAGCUCAGUCUAUCAUGUUUUUUACUGCCUUAUUUAGUUUUCUUAUAGUUUUUCCCCAUCUUCAUUUGUGCAUGUAUGUUCCUGCACAGAGUGUGCUUUUACUCUUCAGCAGUCAGGUCAGGGAACAACUACUCUACACAGAGAACAAAAUACGAGGACUGUUUCUUGAAAUUAGUGAUGAUGGCUCGGUUAAAGGGUCUUCAACACAAAACCGUAAUUGUGUACUGGAAAUGCGGUCAGUGAAAGCGGGUGGGACGGUCAUCAGAGGUGUAGCUUCAUCUCUCUUUCUCUGUGUGAACAAUGAAGGACAACUGAGAGGACAGGGAGAGUAUGCUGAAGAGGACUGCAUCUUUAAGGAAUUGCUACUGGAAAAUGGUUAUUCUUGUUUCCUAUCUCCACACAAUGGACUUUCUGUGUCACUCCUUUCGUCGAAGCAGUCUAGGCUGAAACAUUGCCCUGAAAGCUCUCUGUUUCUUCCGAUUAUACCUACACAGUUUAUGAUUCCAGCGAGAGAAGACAGCCAGAUACAAGAGGUGAAACAGUAUAUUCAAGACGUAAACCUGGACUCUGACGACCCACUUGGAAUGGGACAUCAGUCGCACAUACAGAGCAUUUUCAGCCCUAGUCUGUACACUUAGUUUUACAGUGUAACCGAUAUCAAGGUUGUCCAGCUUUAAGUGUUUUGUUACUUGAAACCUUAUUUAUUUUUUUAAAUAUAUUUAUUUAUUUACUAUUGUAUAAUAAUUAUUUAAUAUAAUUUAUGGAUAAAACGUUAAUUUAAUGGUCGAAAUCUGCGUAAAAAAAAAGAAAACAUUCCACCUUUAGUGUGUAUUAUU